AUGAGCUCACUCAUUGGAGAGCCGUUCCAAGUAUCGAGCUACCCUAUUUCAACGAAGACAAGGCACGACAAAGUACACAAUCCUACAUAUGCGUCAUACAGCCGUGAUUUCCCUGGACAUGCAACAGUGACCGUCCAGGCAGAAGGCAUACAUAUCAUUGAUCUAUCUGAACUUCAUACAGUGGCCUCGCACACCUGUGGAUCUAAUGUCGCAUUCUCCGGACCUGCAAGCAGCCGGUGUACGCCAGAGGGUGAUGGGCGCGUAUGUACAACUUAUGCACUCAUCUCUUCUGCACCGGAGGUUGCUGUGAAGAACAGGAAUCGGACAGUAUGGAUUAUGAAGCAGAAAAUCUUAGGUGGCACCUUAGACAAAAGUGACAAACACGAAAUUGUGCUGCCUCACGAAGUCACGCAUAUCUACUCAGACGAUAAAAGUUCAAAGAUUUUACUCGUAUCUUCUACUGGUGAUAUCAGCGUCGCAGAUAAUGAGUUGAACAUCCAGUCCACUCUCAUAUGUCCGCAUCAACAAAAUUUCCUGGACGUGUUUUUCUUCCCUGGCACGUCAUGUACUUUUCUGCCGCCUCAUGAAAAUCUCCCAGACACUGUAAUAGUGUUCUGCUCGAGCUCUGACUCCACACUGCUUCUAUCCAUUGUAUCUGUCACUGGCAAGGAUAUAACCAUCAUCGGCAAAAACCAGGUUUCGACCUCCCAUGGAGUCUCAGGGCGGAAAAUACAACACCACGUUAUCGCCCUUUCAUGUAGUCCCUGUGGGGUGUUGAGCUACAUAAAUGAAUCUCAUACUUGGGCUGCUUACCAGCUCGAGGUAAACAGUCUAACAACAUCUGUAACACAGAUUGGCGAGACAUUAGCUCUGGCUCAAUCAUCGCGUUUGAAUGGUCAUUCUUUUGGAUGCGGCAUGUGUCUCCUUUCAGUGGGUUCCUCGCUGGUUCUCCUCGCCACUAUGACCGGUACGCCAUCGUCAGAGAUAUCAAUCCUUCUCUGGGACAUGCGCUACGGUGUAGUUAUUGCAUCGCAUGCUGUCCCAAUCCCAUCCGCUCUUGCGCCGAGUAUCAAACUGGGCAUUAAUAUGAGCUUACUGCUCGCAGAUGCAGGGCAAGUAUUAUUAACGUUGUGCCCUGCAAAUGUCUCACGGACCGCCUCGUCGACCUCCGAGUCUCCAUAUCGUUCGGUAGUUUACAUCGUUCCCCUGGAUCCGAACUUGAAAUCCACCAUUGCUGGUGCGAUCGGAAAAACCCCCGCAACUUCUCAAUGGCUAGCACCGAAUCCUAAAGCUGAAACGCUAGCGGACAAUGAUCCUAGAUCCAUACUGCUUAUCGACAUGGCGAAUCAUUUGCAGCACAAUGAACCCCAUAAGGCGGAUGAAGCAUUUUUCAGAUGGGUCAAGGAGCACACCUCAGCCAGUGAAUCAUCCUCAAGUAAUGCAUUGUCAAUCUCGACGCCGGACGGAGCUGCGUCGGAAGCUCUUUAUGGCUAUGGUUUUGUCAAAGAGCUUUUAGCCCUCUUCUUUGCAAAGGAGUACACUGAAAAGCCUCAGUACUCUCCGCGUGUCACGCGGCACUUGAUUGAGAGUUGCGUCGUCAGCGCAGGCAUGGUAGAAGGCAGGCUUCUCACAGCACUAAAACAACACGACGACUGGGACGAAAUGAUCUCCCUAGCCAAGGCGCUUAUUGAUAAGCAGCAAAAGCCACAGACCGAUCCGGAGGUUAUGGAUGUGGAUAGUAAUAAGACCUGGACCCCAACUCUAUCGGCUUAUAUGCUGAUGUGUGUCUCAUAUCCAACGUCUCCUGCUGCACUGCGUCUGGCCAUCAGAAAACACCUGCCAGAUGCGCAAGAUCUCAUUUCAAUCUUAGAAUUGUUGGACGGCUGGACGAUUGGUGGAACCGAGGAACACCGUGGCGGAGCGGCCCCGCCGUACGAUAAGACAAUAUCCUUUCUGCAAGUCUUGCUGGACGCUUCGUUUGUUUCCUUGUUGCAAUUCCCUCCAUCGCAUGAACUGCUUCGGAAUAUCAUGUCGCAUAUAGAACCCGAGAUAGAACUUCAUGAACGUAUGGGGUACCUUCGAGGGGCAUUGGAACCCUUCGCCAGAGUUCAGAACCGAAUAGUGAAGGAGAGGGCUGAGGGAACGCCGAGGGAAACUCCGAACGAAUGGAGAAAAAGACGUAAACAUCAAGAACAACAGAUUGCACUUGGUGUUGGGCUGUACAGAUUGGAGGAGCUUAUUAUCUAG